CUGUGUGAGACAAAAAGGCUUGUGUUUGAGAGACUCCAGAGUGUGAGGUACAGACACUGUAGUACUAUCAACUAUUCUUGAGUGAUUCACCUAACACCUUUAGCCUGCAUGAUAAUGUAAAGACGGCUUCAUCAAGGCAGUUUCACAAAUGUUAAAAGAAAUCACGAUUUAACAGUGAAGCAUGUGUUGAGACGGGGUUGUGAGUCGUUUGUUUUGGUUUAAUGAGGAAACAACUGAGGCGCAGGAGAGUCACUCGUGUGACGAGCCUGCUAGUAGCGGGAGUGAAAAGAUGCCAAAACCAGCAUCUCAGAGCAUCCUGUUGCCCGCCAAAAAACUCCUGUGUGACGCUGUCUUAAGAGAAUGGACAAGUGAGAUUGAAGGAACUACACUGAAAUUUUGCUUCUGGUUUGAACAGUGGUGUGCUGGGGAUCAUCUGUGUUGAGGCCAUGACACUGAAAGCGAUAUAUGGAAUGGGUGGGAUGGUGCGACAGCUGUGUGGUGCUGGAUGGACAGUUGGGCAAGCAUCGGUGAGUCGGGCACUGCACACAUCUUCACGGCACCACAGUGAAGACAUGCAGAUUCAGAAGGUAGAGCGCCUUGAAAAGACCCUGAACCAAGUGAUGCUGUUGGGACGGGUAGGAGGCGCUCCAGAGAAGAGAGGCACAGAGGAACAUCCUGUGGUCACUUUCUCAGUUGCCACACAUACCAACUAUCGCAAAGGAGACGAUUUGAUCCAGCAGACAGACUGGCACCGAAUUGCAGUGUUCAAGCCAUUCCUACGUGAAUCAGUGUACCGCUAUCUGACUCGGGGCCAGCGUGUGAUGGUGCAAGGCAGGAUUGGGUACUUAGAGCGCCGGGAUCCAGAGAACAACCAGCUCAUCAUGAAGACUGCUACCAUUGUAGCAGAGGAUGUUAUUUUCUUCAAUAAAACCUAGUCAAGUGAUUUCUGAAAAAUAGUGUAUGUGCUAUCAUGAUGUUCAGAGAACUUGUGAAUAGAGUUUUAGUGUGAUCGUGCCAGUCAAUGCUUUUUAGAUUGGUCAGUGAUCAUAGUGUCUUUGGAUUUUCCUUCAAUGAAGGAGUUUCACUAAUGUGAACUGACUUCAUGAAAGUUUCCAUCAUCCAUCCCUUCUGUCACUAAAAUGAUGUGGCAAUAGAAUUUUCAUAUGCAGCAGUAACCUACAUAAAUGUGUAAUUAUGGUACAUAUACAUCUUUUCAGUCUGAAACAUACCUCUCACAUUUCCUGUUAAUAAUGUGCAUCUUAGUUUGGAAGAGAUAAUAAAAACAAUUCAUAUAAACUA